AUGUCUAGUGUGAAAGAACUAACCACUAAUUUUGUCAAACUUAAGAAGUUUGAUGGAGUGGAAUUUCGACGUUGGAAGAAGAAGAUGUAUUUUCUUCUUACUUCGUUGAAGGUUGCCUAUGUCAUUAGUACUCCUAGGCCAGUAGAACAUGAGAAUGAAACCAUGGAAGAUAUUCGUGAGAAAUCAAAAUGGGAUAAUGAUGACUUUAUUUGUCGGGGUCAUAUUCUCAAUGGGAUGGAGGAUGAUUUGUUUGAUGUGUAUCAACAUGUUGAGUCUGCUAAGGAAUUAUGGGAGUCUUUGGAGAGCAAAUAUAUGGCGGAGGAUGCUUCUAGCAAGAAGUUCCUUGUAAGUAAUUUUAAUAAUUUCAAAUUUAUUGAUAGUAGGUCCAUCAUGGAUCAAUUUCAUGAGAUACAACGUAUUUAUGGUAAUUUGAAACAACAUGGAAUUAGUGUUGAUGAACUAUUUGUUGUUUCAAGUAUCAUUGAUAAGCUACCUAAUAGUUGGAAAGAUGUUAAACAUGAAUUAAAACACAAAAAGUAG